AUGACUGGGUCAUCUCCCCAACAUACCGUCGACGAAAGAACAAGUCUUCUCAGAGGCCGGAACCUAUAUCCAUCACCCGUGCCGAGCGAUUCGCCAUGCUCUACAGACCCUACGCUAAACAACACUGUAGACCAUCCAGAAAUAUACACUGGCAUCACUGAUGCUAAUAAAAUUAUCGCGGAAUCUAACCCAGAGAUUCAAGAGACCAAUUUAAAGCCUUCACCAACUUAUGGAAGCUUCAAGAAUGUUGCCCGCUCUACUUCGGUGGUUACGAUUGGCAGCGACCAUACUGACCGGAAUGAUCACGUCAAGCCCGAAUCUCCCUACCUAUCUGGUGUCAGUAAAAAGCGGUUCUGGGUCAUAUUCAUAAUGAUUAUGACAUCUUACUUCAUCGCGUGCUUUGACACUACGAUAAUGGCCUCAAGCCACCCAGUUAUUACUUCAUACUUUCACAGUUCCAACAGCGCGUCAUGGUUAUCGACAGCUUUCAUGUUAACCUCGACGGGAUUCCAGCCUCUGUUCGGUGGCUUAUCGGAUACCAUUGGACGAAGGCGGCCUUAUAUGUUUUCAAUCUCAAUUUUUUUGAUGGCAACCAUAUGGUGUGCUCUUGCUGGCUCUAUGACAAGUUUCAUCUUUGCAAGGGCAAUGUGCGGACUCGGUGCUGGUGGCAUAAUAACUAUGAGUACUAUAAUCAUAAGUGACCUUGUCCCCAUUAAAAUUAGAGGAAUCUAUCAAUCAUACAUCAAUGUUGCAUUUGGUGCGGGUCAAGCAUCUGGUGUUGCACUUGGUGGCUGGAUAGCCGAUUCUGUUGGCUGGCGAUGGGAAUUUGGAAUUCAAGUUCCACUUGUUCUGGCUUGCUGUUUAACUUCUUUCUUCGUUAUACCAGAGCGACUCGGAUUAGCCAGUGACAAAGAAGCCAAUAAUUUGUGGCAGGCAAUGAAGGGGUUUGAUUUUAUGGGCUCUUCACUACUUAUGACCUCAACUACAUUUUUAAUACUUGGCUUAAACCUAGGGGGCAACAUUUAUUCCUGGACUCAUCCGAUCGUUAUAUCAUCUCUCGUCAUAUUCUUGAUUUCAUUCCCUCUAUUUUUCUAUGUCGAAAGUUUUGCCGCCCGCCCUAUAAUGCCUCUCAGAAUUAUCACAAAAAAUCCUCGUGCGGGUUUAAUUUUCGCUAAUGCAACAAGCGCUGUCGUUCUGAGCGCUGUCAACUUUAACAUCCCUCUCUUUUUUCAAGCUGUCAUGUUGCAAUCAGCGACUAACUCAGGAUUAAACUUACUGGCACCCAGCAUCUCAGCAAGUUUUGCUGGAGUUGGUGUAGGAUUCUUGAUCACGUGGACAAAACACCUGAAAUUGUUUCUUGUGCUCGGUGCACUAAUCUCGGUCAUGGGAUGUUUCGGGUUGUCAUUCAUUCAGAGGGGCCUACCGACCUGGGUAUACCUACCAUUUCUGAUGAAUGUGAGUAUAGGACAGGGUCUAAUAUUUCCAACAACGUUCAUGUCUGUUCUUUCCGUGUCUGAGCAAUCAGACCAGGCAGUCGUAGCAUCAACCUUGGUCCUGUGGCGCUCCAUCGGAAAUUUUAUCGGGAUUUCGCUUUCUUCGCUCGCUCUUCAGAACUCAUUGAUUGUAUUUCUCAACCGCUACGUUCAAGGACCUGAUCGCGACAAUGUCAUUGAAUCCGUGCGGAAGAGUAUCGAAGUUAUCAAAGAUUUGGCUCCAUCGUACAAAGAACAGGUGCUCGACAGUUACACUGCAGCCCUUCGAGCUACAUUUUUCUUGGUUCUUGUUAUGAGUAUAAUUUGUCUAGUUACAUUCUCAAAAGUAAAGUUACCAAGGCUCGGAAAAGCUCAAUAG